CCCGCCAAACUUCGGAACGUUCGUUCGCGCAAGUGCAAUUCGCGGUGGGAGAUCUCUUGUAUCAUCUGGGGGGGUUUAAAGUAGUGGGGAAUCUUCGAAAGAGCGGAUUAAACGCGAAGCAGCUAGACUAUCACCGCGUAUAUACCGGUACUAUUGGCAUGUCCCGACAAAUACGCGUUUUGAGCUCAUAUGAGCAUUAUGUACUAAUUAAACGUUUUAUUUGCGAUAAUUUGCGAGUGUACCGCCAGAGCACGCGAUUAACUAAAUGGCUUACAUAACUUGCGCGGUAACGUUAAUUAUUUCGAAUAAACCGCGUACAUUUCAUUUCUCGUAUCGUGAGUAUUAUUUCAAUAAAUCCGGAUUGGUAACAAUCUUUAAUAAUCACGUGAAUACGAUAAUCAGUGAAAGUCACCCUUAUUGGAGUUUGGCACUCUUUCGUUUCUUCUCAUGAAUACGAAAUAGAGUUGCCGGUUCUUGGCACUUAUGUGUUUUUUAAUUUUUUGUUAAAAUCAACGAUAAAAACCAUGUGCAGUGAAUGAAUGAUAAUUCAUCAAACAUCAAAGUUACUUCUAAAGUUACUUCGACAAGAACGAAUUUUAAAUAAUUAAAUGUGUUGCAUAUGAAUUUAAACGUGGCGGUGACCUAGAAACAAUUCAAAGUAGUAACUUUAUCAUCGGAGUAGACAAAUCUCGCAACGGUGCCAAGAAAAAACCAAGUGGGGGAUUAAGAAAUGCGAUCAUUGUUCGUUCAGAUUGUUGUGUGACAAUGAGUUACAUUUGGACUACGAUUAUGAAAUUCGCGCCACGAAACAAAAUUUCUUUCUGAAUUAUCAUGAAUAUAUUUAUUUUAUAUUUCAAUAAAUUAUAUUCGUCUAUAAAAUUUCUAAAGUUUCGAUUAAAAUGAAAAGAAUUUGAUAUAACAAAAAUACGAAAAAUAACAAACACGCGGUAACGAUUGUUAUCGGCAAUAAUAGACAAGAAUUCGUUAUUGAAUUAUCUGGUGAAAUUUCAUUUCUGCGAUUGUUCUAGUUCGUGCUCGAAGACGUGCCAAUGGUUAAGCAUUCCAUCUAUAAAACGCGUAGUUCACGUUUGCUGUGGAGUUGACGCACUGCCCGCGAUCGUUGCAUGAUAUCUCAUGUUUUUUGGAACACGCGGUCGUGUGUGUGUUCCAGUCUCGCGUCUCGUGCACGAAUUUUACGGUGACCUUUAACGGACAUAUAUUGAAUCAAGCGUGUGCCGAAAGUGCGGUGAAGUAAAAACGAAGUGUUGUGGCUUAUCACACGUGAAGAUGGAGGAUACAGAAGCCAAAAUCAUACCGGGAAUCAGCAUGUCCGUACUCAUACUCAUGAGCACGCUGUUUCUUGGCGGUGUGGUCCUUGUAAUCGGUUACAUUGUUAGCCGGUUGUCACAGUCCAAUAAAUCUUCAGAUUCAACGAAAAAUGUCACAGAAUCGGAUAAGGUGAAGUUCGAAGAAUCAAGAGAUUCGACGAGCGGAUCGAUUGGGGCGGCCGGCGGUACCAACAAACGUGCUAAAAACAAGAAGAGACGCGAAACGCAACAAGAAUUCACGCAUUCUUGGGUGGUCGGUGCCCUCAAAGGGCACACGGGGCCCGUCCUCGACAUGAAUUUUUCCAGUAAUGGAAAAUUCAUCGCAUCUUGUGCUGAAGAUUGCGGGCUGCGGCCGGAAGAGGAGGUCCUGGAUCCUGGGGAAACGGAGUGCUAUAAGAAUCGCGUCGAGAUGUCUGCGUCGACGAAGGCGGCGAGGAGCAAGAGUAAGAUAACGAAUGCUCAGCAAUCGCAUCCGUCUCCAUCCAACAUGACGUCACCGGCGAUGCCCACCUCGACAAUGCCCCCCCCCUCCGCGAAAGAGGAUCGCACGAUCCUGAGCAGGAGGCAGAGGAAGAACCGUACCAGGAACCCUAGGGACCAGCGUCGCGAGCAGGACGACGAGCAAAGGAUACAGGAGGAGUACGACGAGGAGCAACGCGACAGCAACGGCUCCGUUGCCGUCCAGAUGACGUUCGACGGGGGGAGGGAGCCGGAUGAUGAUCCGAGGAUGAUCAACAACGAGCAUGGAAACGCGAUGAUCGAGAAUAAUAUGGGCGUCAUGAUGGGAAACGGCGCGAUGAUGAUGAUGAUGAUGGUGGGCGCCGGUUACGGUUACGUCGACUCGAGGAAUUGUGAUUUUUUAAGCAACGAGAGAAGGCAGCUGUGCCAGUUCAGUGACGCCACCUUGUCGUCCAUAUUGCGCAAUUACACGCUCACGGGCGAGGGUCUCGCGCAUCUUGGCUAUCCGGUCGAGUGCGCCUAUUACCCGGGAUACACAGUGUUUAUAAACAGUCCUCACCCGACCGGUCACCGCGUGCCGAGGUAUCAUCGGUUGGACGCGAACGCGCAGGAAUUCGUGCCGAGUUCCCGCCAACGGUGGACCGCCGCGGAGAGCGAGGGGGACAGCGGUAACUCGAGCGGAAGCUCGGUCGACAAUUCGGACUUCGAGCAAGAGGUGACGUCGUCGGACAGCUCGGACAUCGGCGAGUACUCGUCCUCGUCCACCGAGUCGAAUUUUUUCGACCACAAUUAUUACCAAAGGGUGACGAGAAGGAAUUCGAACGUGGAAUAUUACUCGACCAUCGAGCUGAUGGCGAUCGAGCGAAAGUGCGCGAGAUGUCACAAAAGUUUCUACGUGAACAGGGAGGAUGGUGAAUACCUUUACGAGGAGAAGUGCGUCCAUCAUUGGGGAAAAUUGCGAAGUGGUUUAGGUGGUGCUCAUUGUGAUUUGUGGGAGUGUUGUCGGAGCCGUGAAACGUCCCGGGGCUGUACAACAGCCGACUUCCACGUUUGGACGGGGGCAGUCCCGGGAUACAACGGUCCAUUCGAUGAUUACGUGCGUACGAAGUUGGCUCAAACGGUGCCACAAGAUGGCAAUUACGGUGUUUACGGUAUCGAUUGUGAGAUGUGCUUCACUCGACGCGGCCUCGAGCUAGUUAAAGUUACCGUGGUGGAUAUGGACGGUAGGGUCGUGUACGACACUUUGGUGAGACCCGACGUGGAGAUAAUCGACUACAACACGAGAUUCAGCGGUAUAUCGGCCCACGACCUCGAAAACGUUACGAAACGUUUGAUCGACGUCCAACAAGAUCUCCUAAGUUUUAUAUUCGCCGAGACGAUAUUGAUCGGCCACGGUAUGGAAAACGAUUUGCGCGCCCUGAAGUUGUUACACACGACGGUGAUCGACACGUGCGUCGCAUUCCCCCACUUCCUCGGUUACCCAUACCGUUCGAGCUUGAAAACGUUGGCUAGGACGGUUCUGCGAAGGGACAUACAAGUGUCGGAACACGAUUCCGUCGAGGAUUCCAGGAUAGUUGUUGACCUCAUGUUGAGAAGGGUGAAACACGAUUACGUAGAUAAUCAUAGUUAAUGUACAAAAAGAAAAAAAAAAAAAGAAAGAAAGGCUGCCGAA